UGUGGCCCAGCUCUAGGUCAUUUGCUCCACCUCUAUUCAUUUGACCUUCCUGCCUUCUAAAGGUUGGGGGCUGGGCCGAUUCGAGUCUCGCGAUUCGCUGUUGGACGCUGGAGAUCUCGGGUACUGUUCCUCUCUCGCUCAGGACCUGCGCGUGGUAGGACGUACGGCACUGUCUCCACAGCAAAUCGUACCACAUCAUCAACAGCAUCAUGACCACCUACUUCAGUUACCCAUCUGCUGAGCUGCAGAAGGAGCUGGCAGACAUUGCCAAUGCUAUUGUCGCUCCUGGCAAGGGAAUUUUGGCUGCUGAUGAGUCCACCGGCACCAUGGGCAAGCGUUUUGCCAACAUCGGUGUGGAGAACACUGAGGAGAACCGCCGCAAGUACCGCCAGCUACUGUUUACCUCCGAUAAGGUGGUUGGCGACAACAUCUCUGGCGUGAUCCUGUUCCACGAGACCCUGUAUCAGAAGGCGGACGACGGCACGCCUUUCGUCGAGCUGCUCAAGCAGCGCAACAUGAUCCCCGGCAUCAAGGUCGACAAGGGCGUGGUCGAUCUGAUGGGCUCCGAGGGCGAGGGUACCACACAGGGCCUCGACGACCUGGGCAAGCGCUGCGCCCAGUACAAGGCCGACGGCUGCCAGUUCGCCAAGUGGCGCUGCGUGCUCAAAAUCGGCCAGAACACGCCCAGCUACCAGGCGAUGCUGGAGAACGCCAACGUCCUGGCGCGCUACGCCUCCAUCUGCCAGAUGAACGGCCUGGUGCCCAUCGUCGAGCCGGAGGUGCUGCCGGACGGCGACCACGACCUGGACCGCGCCCAGAAGGUCACCGAGACCGUGCUGGCCUUCGUCUACAAGGCGCUCAACGACCACCAUGUGUUCCUCGAGGGCACGCUGCUGAAGCCCAACAUGGUGACGGCCGGCCAGUCGUGCGCCAAAAAGUUUUCGCCGGAGGAGGUGGCGCGCGCCACGGUGACGGCGCUGCAGCGCACCAUGCCGGCCGCCGUGCCGGGCGUCACGUUCCUGUCCGGCGGACAGACCGAGGAGGAGGCCUCCGUCCACCUCAACGCCAUCAACGCCUUCGCGGGCAAGAAGCCGUGGGCGCUGACGUUCAGCUUCGGCCGCGCCCUGCAGGCGUCCGUGCUGAAGGCCUGGGCCGGCAAGGACGAGAACGUGGCCGCCGGACAGCAGGAGCUGCUCAAGCGCGCCAAGGCGAACGGGCUGGCCAGCCUGGGCCAGUACGCGGCCGGCUCCAUCCCCAGUCUGGCAGCCACCCAGAGCAACUUUGUCAAGGCGCACGCCUACUAGGCGCUCCACUCUGCGGCGGCCGCCGGCGCGCUCAGGCGAACGGCGAGGCGGCCCAGGGCCAGUACGUGGCCGGCUCGUGUGUCGGCGCUGCCGCCGACGAGGGACUGUUCAUCAAGAACCACCAGUACUGAAGGGCGGCGCCGCGCCGCGCGCCCGCCGGCACCCACACCCGGCCUCCCCCGGGCCGCUCCCCUCUGCGUCCCCCCAGUGUGCGCCGCCGCUUGGUAGUCUGGUAGCGCCGCGACUCUGUCCCCUCUAUCUCUCUCUCUCUCUCUCUCUGCCCCCGGGCUCCGCUGUGACGCUGACCGGCCGACCUGCCGACGCUCGGCGCUGGCUGCCAGCGUAGAGCCUCUGCAUCUCUGCAGGUCACAGCGGGCCGCGCGCACAUCACUGGAUUACUUUAUUACCUAGGGUUGUUUUGAGACUUGAUGGAUGAACAAGGAGGCUAUAUGGUGAACGGCAAUGAUUUGUGAUUCAAUCAUGUCUAUUUCAAACACUUGUUACGUGAUUGAUAGAACAGUAUGAUUUCGUAAGACUGUAUAGUUGCAUUUUAUAAAGUUUAUUGGGCGGUGCGAGUGCGCCUUCAGCUGUCGGCGCACUAGAAGUGCUCUGUGUGUAAUGCGACUGUUUUUGUCCGGCAGCGCAGUUCAGAGACUGGAAUACACGUAUCGCGAGGCGA